AUGUCUGCCAAGAAGCUCCUCACCAUCUUUGGCGCCACCGGCAACCAGGGAGGUAGCGUCAUCAGCACCAUCCUCAACAACUCGUCGCUCAACAGCAAGUACUCGCUUCGUGGCAUCACGCGCGAUACCUCCAAGCCCGCUGCUCAGGAACUCGCCAAGAAGGGCGUCGAGGUCGUGCGCGCUGAUCUCAGCGACCCCGCGUCGCUCAAGCAGGCCAUCGCCGGCUCCUACGGCGUCUUUGCCGUGACCAACUUUUGGGAAUCCAUGGACGGCGCAAAGGAGACCCAGCAGGGCCGCAACAUCGUCGACGCCUCGCUCGCCACGGGCGUCAACCACCUCGUCAUCUCGAGCCUACACAGCGUCAACAAGCUCACCAACGGCUCCCUCCACGUGCCUCACUUUGACAGCAAGGCCGCCAUCGACGAAUACGCCGAAUCGGUCCGCGCAGACAAGCUCAACGUGUCUUACUUCCACGCAGCCUUCUUCCUCCAAAACUUCGACACCAUGCUCCGCAAGGGCGACGAUGGCAACUACAGCAUCACUCUCCCCAUCGACCCGGCUGCGCGCGUGCCCCUGAUCGACAUCCAGGCCGACGCUGGAAAGUGGGUCGCGGGCCUCUUCGAGGCGGGCGCCGCAGCCAACGGAAAGACCGUGCAGGGCAUCAGCUUCUGGACCGACAUGCAGACUUUCGCCGCCGACCUCACCAAAGCCAUCGGAUCCAAGGUCUCUUACAACAACGUCCCCGCAGACGUCUUCAAGAGCUUCCUCCCCGAAGCCAUCGCAGACGAGCUCACCGAAAACAUGAAGCUCGUCGACCAGCACAGCUACUACGGCAAGGAUGCAGAAAACAAGCAGCCCCAGAGCGACGACCUUCUGCUCAAGGGUGCCCAGCUCGCCACCGUCCAGUCGUGGGCCAAGAGUCUCAAGCUAUGA